AUGACGCAUAAUCUUUAUAUCCCUCACGAAAUAGUCCUUCAGAUUCUCGAAGCGACAAUACCACCUGGACGCCCCAACCGCACCGUUGAUGUUGGACACGCCGAUGUGCAGAACUUAAUCGCUUGGAGUCGGGUGUGCAGAGCUACGUAUGAGCCCGCGACGAGGUUUCUACGACAGCAUUGCGUAUAUAUCGACUCUAUCCCUCGUUUGACAAGCUUUCUGAAAUGUCUGGCCGACUCCGAGGAUUCGGGAGAUGAUGGCCCGUCAGCAACUCUUCCCCGGGUUAUGCGGCUCUCUGAGGUGUCCUCCGUUUACCUUGGCCUCAGUAUGGAGGAGAUCCAGUCCGUUCGAACGGGCGGAUUGAUCAGAGACCUACUUGUCAAAUUAGGCGGUUCCGUGCGCCGUCUCAUCGUCGACCUCCCCUACCGCAGAAUCGCACAGCAAUACAGCAUUGACGUGCAUAUCGACGCUCUCUUCUCCCAGGGUUUACGAGCACUUACCAACCUUGAAGAGCUUACCACUCUUGGCGGUCUGCCUGUCCUAGAGUUCUGGAGAGCUGGGCUCGAACUUGGCGAAAUAUGGCCCAAGAUGCGACGCUUAUCUGGCUUCAAGAUCAACCUGGGUGAAGAACAACUCUGGUACAACGUCGCUAGAGCUCGCACCCUCGAACAUCUCGUCAUAGCGAUGCCGUAUGUGCUGCGCCGGGAAUCUUGGAACAUUAAGCGCUCGAUUGGUGGAAGGGAGUGGAAUCCGGAAAAGGGAGGAGACUCUAGCUAUGCUCGUCCCCUCAAGGUCGUUGUUGCGUAUCAUGAGUAUAGCGCACCGCUUGUCGACAUGGAUGAUGCGAAUGUUUACGACCCCUGCGGGAUGCUUGAUGUAUCUACUGUAGAGAUACCUGUUAUUGCGAAGCGGGUUGACUGGGUAUGCAAGGACUGGUUGGUCAAGUCAGCCAUGGCUGACACCAUUUGGGACUGA